GGCCGAAGUUCAAUGGAGGAGCCAGAUCAUAAUUCUCGAUUAAGUGGAUCCACAGCCUCGCCACGGGAGGAAUCAGACCUCUGUUUUUAUGUGCCUACCGAUGAACCACUAUCGACGGUAGAGACAGCCCAUCUGUUUCACGAACUCUCGGACCACAAUGAGACCAGCUCCACACAUGGAAAUACGCAUGUACUAGCUCAGGACUGCGGUUACAAUUCCUCGGCAUCGUCAACGGAACGAUCUUCUGGCGACUUUCUCGGCGGGGAUAUAGAUUAUGAAGAGCUGCAGGAUGUGAACUCGAGAGCAUCGAGCCGUUCCUCGAUUUCCUCCAUUCCUGCUUCAGUGCUUACCAAUCCCAUCAGCGGGGCCAAAUCAGCCGUCGUAGGUAGAUCGCAGCAUGAUAUGCUUUCGCGUUCGUGGGGCGACCAUAACGAUAACGAACGUGGGGAAAUGGAAGAACAGCUGAGAUUGACACCUACUGUUCGGAAGCACCACAGUGCCUUCCGAAAGUCUAGUUCAGUCAGAGCGAUGCAAAUGCACACUGAGGAUGAGGGUGACGGCGAGUACUUGACACCACCAAAACGCAGAGGAGGUCAUCGCAUAUCGGAUGGCUCAUCACAGCUGAAGCGAUCCCCGUACUACUCGCCGACCGGACUCGUGGCCAAGCAAAUAUCAAAAAAAGACUACCCUCUCGUACUACUACAUUGUAACUUGCUUCCACCAUCGCUGCCCAUUCCGGGAUUAGUGGACUAUCCGGACCAAAAGAUCUUGAGGGAAGUAUUGCCGCCAGAGUAUUGGAAGCGGUGGAAGUUACUGGAGGAAAAGAUUGGGUCAGUGGUGCUACGGGAACGAGGUGUGCUCAUUUCACAUCCCGAGGAUAUGUACGAUCUUCUUGAGGAGCGGUUAUUGGAAAGCUUGGAGUUACAACGCCCAAGGUUUGACCAUGGGCACUUUUUGGGUCAUGAAGAGGCCGAUACAGAUAGAGAUAGCCAGUCUAUGGCGGAGGAGAGUGCAACAGACGAUGAACAAGGCGAGCAGUGCCCAGACUGUGGAGGACGCGUGGUCCGACACAGUGAGGAAGGCCGAAAGUGGGAAAUCAGGGUGUUUGCAGCCAACGGACUGAUGAGAGCUGGAGCAUGGGCUGCAGCUUGGAGAGAAAUGGAAAAAGUAGAUGUGGAAGUCGGUCUCUGGCUUCCAUCUGAAGUGAGAAGAGAACUAGAGAAGAGAUUGUUCGAGGGCGAAAUGCCUCAUCCCGAUAACCGACUUCAGGCGUCACAGUUACAGGAGCUUGGAAAUGGCAGGCCCACACAAGUCCACCCCGCCCCAGCCCACUCGCCGACUCCUGCACUUGAAGCUGGCAGUCCCAAGCUUCUCACCGCUAGAAGGGCUGAGAGAUCCAGCUUGUCACCGGCUUCAGAACAGACUGUGCCUCAAGAGCAUCGGCAAUCUGGUAGGCCAUCCUACCCUCGAAGUUCAACAGCAGAGAUCGAACUUCAAACCCUUUUAGUGAACUACAUUCGGGUGUUAGCCAGUGAUCGCCGAAAUGUUACAAUUGCGCUUCUCACUGUCUUGGUGGUUUUCUUUGCUCUCAACACCAGACCCACAGCGACUCCAGCGCAUCUGCAGCCGUUUCCUCCGGACAUGCUGGAGAUGGUUCCCCAGUCGACUAUGUCUCCUCUACACCACUCAUCGGCGAUAUGGGAGAAUCCUACAGGGAGCAUAAAAGAAGACGUGGCGACUUCGGAAGUACGAGCUGCAGCUGUUUCAUCUGCGCACCAGUAUCUAUCCCCAACUCCUAGUCAACCGAUGAGCCCUGACAGUACCAAUCUCCAACACAGUGACGCUUUCGAGGUGGGUCUUGCCAAGCCAGAAAAAUCAUCGUCUGAGGCUGAGGCCCACUCCGAAGAAAUCACAGCUGUAGCCUCCCGGAGUGUUGCUGAAAAGCGUUCCUCCUCGACGUGGCCGUUGAGCCCGUCCGUUCACCCAGUCCUAUUUGAGGCACAGACAGACCAUACUGAGUUGACCGAAAAAGCGGACCCCAUGGCUGAAGUCCUCAAGAGCGGUGGUGAAGAAUCGACGGUUAUUUUGGUGAUAUGA